AUGGCUACGAGUUCGAUUUUUGAUUCAAGCUCUAGUGAGAGACAAUGGAUCAAUGAAAUAAAAAACAUUAUCAAAGAAGAGGUUAAGGUUGACAUUGAAGUUGUUGUUUCCAUUUUUCGUGUGCCUACAACUCUAAGUGCUAUCAAGCCAGAAGCAUAUAUGCCACAACUAAUAGGCUUGGGGCCAUAUCAUCAUUUUCGCCCCGAGCUCUAUGAGAUGGAGAGGUGCAAGCUUGUUGCAGCAAGUCAGCUCCAAAAGCAGUUCCAAAGCCUUGAAUUCGAUCAACUUGUUGACAAGCUUAUUGAAUUUGAGUACAAAAUUCGAGCAUCUUACCACAAAUUCUUGGACUUUGAUCGCGAUACACUACUAUGGAUUAUGGCCAUUGAUGGUUUGUUCCUGCUCGAGUUUCUUGGUAUGUAUGUCAACAAAGAUGAUACUUCUAAUACAAAUCAUUUAGUUGACUCUGCAGGAAGAAAAUUAUCCCAGGACGUAAUCGUGAGUGAUAUAAUGAUGCUUGAGAACCAAAUCCCUUUCAUUCUGUUAAGUAAAAUCUUGUCCAUCCAAUGCUCAUCAACCAAUCUAGAUGACAACUUGCUGCCUUCGAUGUUGAUGACUUUUUGUAAAGCAAUCUCUCCACUCAAAUUGAUGGAGGAUUUUCCAUUGUCUCAAGUUGUUAACUAUGCACAUUUGUUGGACCUCUUGUACCAUUUGAUAGUGCCCAAAUUGGAGGAAGGCCACGAAUCUACCAAAAAGGAUGUCCAAACGAGUGCUACCAAACCCAAUGCAACACAGCAUGUUGCUUCAGGUAAUUCUUGUCAAAUUUUGGCUAUCCUUUGGAGUAGGUUAUCGUAUCUAAAUAUAUUGCCAAGUCAAAUUACAAAACCUAUCAAUGACCUACUAGGUAAUUUUAGGAAGAUUGUUGGUAGUAUUCCAGGGAUAUCGUACUUAGCAUCAAAUUAUAAAAAAAACAUCAAACCUGAAAAUCCGAUUUCAAGUGAGAUCCAAAACCAUCCUCAAGUAGAGAAGAUUAUGAUACCUUCAGUAUCAUACCUUUAUAACGUUGCUGGGGUGGAAUUAUGUCCUACUACCGACAUCACAAUGAUUAGGUUCGUAGAGGAGGAGAAGAAAUUUUACCUCCCUGCCAUCACUUUGAAUGUGUACUCUGAAGUAAUAAUGAGAAAUUUGGUGGCAUACGAAGCAUCAACAGUGUCAGGGUCCCUUAUUUUUACGGGGUAUACUGAACUAUUGAAUGGGAUUUUGGAGACGGAUGAGGAUGCAAAGUUGCUAAGAGAAAAGAAAAUCAUAGUAAACAGUCUGAAAAGUGAUGCUGAGGUUCUACAACUCUUCAAUGGGAUGAGUAAAUCCAUUCGACUAACCCAUGUUCCAUAUGUCGAUAAGGCCAUUAAAGAUGUGAACAAUUUCUUCUACAAUUCACGAAAGGUUCAGGCAUAUAAAUGGAUCAAGAAGUACGUGUACGGUUCUUGGAAGUUUUUAACACUUCUAGCCACCAUCUUGCUCAUAUUGUUGUCUGCUGUACAGUCAUUUUGCUCAGUAUAUAGUUGUCCUCACAUUGUCAAUUCAAGUACUCAUGGUCAGAUACCUUAG